UGAAAGAUAUACAAAGAGAUCUAAACAGAUGUAUAACACUGUAGAGUGAGAAUGAGAGAGAGAAAUCCCAGAGUGAGAAACUAUCAACCUUUACCGCUGGUGGCUUCAGCAGCCAAAGGCAACCAUCAACCCCACCUGGUGAGAGAGCGAAACCCAAACCCAAACCAACCUAGACAUUUCCACCAACUGAGAGGUAGCAUCCAAGAGAUCGAAAAGAUAGUGGGAGACAGGCGCAGAGGACAAGGAGCUUCAACGCAUGGAUAUGGCAAAGGCAUUUUGGAACAAUCCACUUCAUUCUUUUUCACUAACUUCCCUAAGGACUGGCAAAUAGGAGAGGUGUGGAAGGCAUUCAUCAGAUGUGGCAAAGUGAUCCAGAUCUACGUAGCAAGGAAGCGUGACAAAUGGAGGCGCAGGUUCUGUUUUGCACGCUUCUUGGACGUGAAGAGCACAAGAGAAUUGGAGAUAAAGCUGAACCAAAUCUUUGUGGGAGAUCAAUACAUCAAAGCCAACAUUGCAAUCUUUUCUAGGGAGGAGACUAAGCUUAAGAGAAAGGAAAUAAAUGAGGCAGAGAUUAGUAAAGAGGUGUGGCAAUCAAAGAAAGCUAUGAACACAGAACAGCAGAUUGGGCAUGGAUUAGAAGUACAAGUAGAUAAGGAAGAUGAAGAGUGGUUGGAGAGAAGCUUCGUCGGCAAGGCAAAAUGUCCGGAAAUCAUAAGCUCUCUAAGGGUACUUUGCAGCAAAGCUAUAAAUUUGGGGACUGACACACCUACUAAGAAAUCUAAUUCAAAUUUGGAGGAUGAAGACUCUUAUCCCCCUGGGUUUGGGCCUACAGACCUUUUGGGCCAAAAAACCAACCUAGGUGAUAAGAAUAAUGGGCUUUUGUCAAGUUUGGACCUUGCAAGUCAAGGGACUGCAAAUGCCCAUCUAUUCAACAACCCACAAAAAAAAUGGAUAGAGGUUCUUGUAGACAAGGACGCCAAAUCCGAGGGGGAGACAACCAAGUGCAAUGCAAAACCACAAAAUGGAAGCAAAAGAGGGAGGAAAGAGGUGUGUGUCGAAGAGGGAAAUGAAGUAGUUAAGGAGCGAAGCACACAACCCUUUUGGGAAGGGCUAGAAAGCGAUGAUGAACUAUUGCAAGCGAGAGUGGAGAGAAUUGCUCAAGUCCGGAGGAAGAAAGGAAAGCAUGCAAAGAAGAAAAUGGUACCCAAGGCAAAACAAACAAGAUCUAGAAAGGGAUUCACUUUGGGUAUGCGAUCGAUUAGCGGAAUUGAGGAGCACAAUCAACCUUCAGGCCUUGGCUUGACUUCAACAAGGAACAGAAAGCAGGAUUGGAGCGAGGUGGCCAAGGAAUUAUGGACGUAUGGCAAGAGGUUAGGCUUGGUGGAUGCAAGGAAUGCAAAGCAAAUCAUCAAACAUCUAGGUGAUAUGGAGAAAAGACAUAGAAUCGCUUUGGCAAAGCAAAAGAUGGCUUUAACGGAGAUAGGGGGAGAAGAAUCUAGCCACCCAUGAAGAUCAUCUCAAUCAAUAUUAGAGGUUUGGGAAGUAGCAGUAAAAAGAGGGCUUUGAA